GGCGGCGGGACCCGGGAGCCGGCGGGAGGGCUGGCGGCCAGGCUGAGUCAGCGGCGGAGCUGUGCGAGGCGGCACUGAGCGAGAGACCUCGCGACUCGCCGACGGAUAAUGGCGGAGGGGGAGCUGGACGUCGAUUCGCUUAUUUCCAGGCUUUUGGAAGUGCGGGGAUGCCGUCCUGGGAAGAUCGUGCAGAUGACGGAGGCAGAGGUGCGGGGUCUGUGCAUCAAGUCCAGGGAGAUCUUCCUGAGUCAGCCCAUCCUACUGGAGCUGGAAGCCCCACUGAAGAUCUGCGGCGACAUCCACGGCCAGUACACAGACCUGCUGCGGCUCUUUGAGUACGGCGGCUUCCCGCCGGAGGCCAACUACCUGUUCCUGGGCGACUACGUGGACAGAGGCAAGCAGUCGCUGGAGACCAUCUGCCUGCUGCUGGCCUACAAGAUCAAGUACCCCGAGAACUUCUUCCUGCUGCGGGGGAACCACGAGUGUGCCUCCAUCAACCGCAUCUACGGCUUCUACGACGAGUGUAAGAGGCGCUUUAAUAUCAAACUGUGGAAGACUUUCACCGACUGCUUCAACUGCCUGCCCAUCGCCGCCAUCGUGGAUGAGAAGAUAUUCUGCUGCCAUGGAGGCCUGUCUCCCGACCUCCAGUCCAUGGAGCAGAUUCGCCGCAUCAUGCGACCUACCGACGUCCCUGACACUGGGCUUCUGUGUGACCUGCUGUGGUCGGACCCGGACAAGGAUGUUCAGGGCUGGGGCGAGAACGACCGCGGCGUCUCCUUCACCUUCGGGGCCGACGUGGUCAGCAAGUUCCUGAACCGCCAUGACCUGGACCUCAUCUGCAGAGCGCAUCAGGUGGUGGAAGACGGCUACGAGUUCUUUGCCAAAAGACAGCUGGUCACUCUGUUCUCGGCCCCCAACUACUGCGGGGAGUUCGACAACGCGGGGGGCAUGAUGAGCGUGGACGAGACGCUCAUGUGCUCCUUCCAGAUCCUGAAGCCUUCCGAGAAGAAAGCGAAGUACCAGUACGGGGGCAUGAACUCGGGCCGACCGGUCACGCCUCCCCGCACAGCCGCCCCCCCGAAGAAGCGGUGAGGAGCGAGGCAGGAGCCGGGCGUCACGGACGGGCCUCCCUUUCUAGGGAGAAGUCUGACACACGGUGGUUAACUAUUUUGGAAAAGAUGCUCCUUUCUCGAACUGUUUCCUGUGAGUUGCACACCGCUCUCCUCUCUCCUGCAGCCAGUCUCUCUACAACUAUGCUUGUUUAUAAAAUAUUUAAUACAGCCAGUCGUCUCUCAUAUCCUGAGUGCACCCCCACCCCACCCGCUUCUGCUCAGUAGCGAAUGCACACCACAGCGAUAAAGCUCUUCUCAAUAUCGCCCCCCCUCCCAUCCAAAUGAAACAGGUGAUGAGUUGGAUUUUAAAUAAAAUAAUUUGAGGAAUAAA